AUGUUGUCUACCGUUUACCAGUUCCAGUGCGUUGCCAAGAAGGGCGACUGCCAUGGGGUAGCCCCAUUGCCAUUCGGGCGCAGCGAGAUCCGCAUCUACACCGACGGGUCCGAGCUCCUCGGGGGCAUUCCGGUCCCCGCCGACCCUUCGGUGAAUUUCAAGGAGUGGGCAACCCAAUUGCCAACGGUCGAUGGGGGCGAGCUCGCGAAGAGCAUGCCCGAGGGCAAAGGCUUCAUGUUGACGGCUCAGCCAGGCGAUGUUCUCAUCAUCCCGAGUGGAUCGAUGGUUGCGUCCCUCGUCGGCAGUGCGGGCUGUUCAUACUUCCGUAAGUCGAUUUCUCCGUGCCACGCCGGCGAGGAUGACAGGGUCAAGAGUUUCGUUGCUCAGAUGUUGGAGGCCUACCCGGGUCUGCAGCAGGGCGCCAGGAUGGAGUGGAGUCAGUUCUUGCGCGGCAUCUCCUCGGCGUAG